CACCGAGGAAAAUAAUAAACUUGCCACUGCAAUUGGCUUGUUUGCUUCUGGUCAAAUGACUAGCAUUAACGUUUUGACAGUUUUGUUCAAAGAACAUCUUGUCAAAGAAGGCCUCUCACUCCAAUUUGUCACUGCUGCAUUCAAGGCUUUCCUUGGUGAACAGAAUAUUGAUCACCUAGGUAGUUCUCUUAAAAAGGCAGGAAUAGACAACAAGCUUUUGGAAUUCUUUCCUCCAAAUAAACGAGACGAAGAGUACUUUGCUCGUUAUUUUGAAGCGGAGGAGAUGAAACAGCUCGUUGAAUAUCAUAGUCAAAAACAAAAAAAUUCGAUGAGAGAACAAACGAUUGAACAUGCUAAGGAUAUGUUGCAAGACGACAACAAUACACAAGAAGUUGUUUCUUAUCUUAAACAACGCAUUAAGGAAGGUAAUUGGCAGGAAAGUGAUUUUGUUCAAAUUGUCUGGGAUGCAUUAAUGCGAGCUGUUGAUUGGAGUACUCGCCCAGAAAUGAUUGAAAAUCAAGCCUCGCGUCAAGUUAAAAAAAAUGCUAAAAUUCUCGCUGCAUUUGCCUCUAAUCCCAAAUCAGAACUUGCACUUUUGCAAAAAAUUCAAGUUUAUUGUCACGAAGACACAAAAUUGAUGAAACAUUUCCGUUUAAUUGUAAAAAUUUUGUAUGAAGAAGAUGUUGUAUCUGAGACGGCAAUAUUUUAUUGGUAUGAAAAGGGAGCCAAAUCUCAAUGCAAGGGCAUAUUUUUAAAACAAAUGGAACCUUUUGUUAAUUGGCUUAAGACAGUCGAAAGCGAGAGUGAAGAAGAGGAUGAAGAAUAA